AUCUGAUAACGCAUCAACAUCGACGCCAUCUAUGUUCUUAAAGGCCCAUUUCCAGCUUGCAAGAAGCGAAAGUAAAUGGGAAAUUAUUACAAMCAAAAUACUCUGAAAGUGGUUGAUUGAACAGUAAUUAAGUUGUUUAAUUCUCAACACACAUGAUGUUUGUCGCGGCAGAAUGCACCCCAACGUCUUUUAAAGACUUUACCCUGAUUAUGCCAGCAAUCUCUGUUGGAAAUGUGGGGCAGCUGGCAGUGGACCUGAUUGUUUCUACGCUCAACAUGUGUCGAGUCGGAUACAUCCACACUGACUGUCUCAUCCCUAUGGCAGGGAACAACCCUUAUGCUACAUUCGCUGAGAACGCCAACGACCUCAGUACCAAUGCAGAAGUGUACUCUUCUCCAGAGUUGAGGUUGGCAGUUCUUCAGAUCAGAACCCCAAUUGUCCAG